UCAAAAUGUCCUCUUCUUCUUCUGUGGUUCCAGUAGUUUUGUGGGGAAAAUCACCUCCAACGCACUGCAUAUCAUGUAUUACCACAACAUAUGACCAGAAAGCUAUUGUCACAGGCUCAACUGAUGGACAGCUAGGCGUUUGGGARUUACGAUUUUCGGAAGAUGGAGAGAUCAAUAUUGUUCCAAGGAAUUUAAUCUUUGCGCAUUCAGCCAAAGUGACGGCUUUAGCAAAAGCCAGCGAUGGAUGGGACAACAAAUCAAGCAUCAUUAGUUCUGCUGAAAAUGGAGAGUUAUGUCUCUGGGACACUGAUGAUGGUCUUUGUAUUCAAACAAACAURAUCAAUGGAAUUCAUUUUGCUCUUCAUUCUUUCCAUGUCCAAUCUGGAAGCAGCAAAGAGUGGAGAGUAGUCUGUCAUGGAAGUUAUCCUGAAAUUUAUAUCCUGGAUGCGCUAUCAUUAGAGGUUUUAUAUACCCUGCGUUCUUCUUCUCAUUCAAACUGGAUAAGUACAGUUUGUGUAGUCCGUCCAGCAAGGCGCCAAGAGGAUGUUGUUGUUGGUGUAUCUUUGACUGGUUUUCUAGCAAUAUGGACUUUGAAAACCAGUGUUGAAAGCAAGUAUUGUGAACCGGCUUAUGAACAGGACCUCAAGCAAUUGGGAACAAGUAAACCUCAAACCAUUUGUUGUAAUCCAUUCACACAACGAAGUAUUCUCAUAGUUUGCUCUUCAGCAUGUUUGCUUUAUGACGCCAGUGAUUUCAAGUUCCUAGCAUCUGUGGCCUGUCCUAAAGAACAAGUGUGGCUUGGUGGAGACUUUGUUGCUGCUGAUUGCAUGCUUGUAUGGACAAAGUGCGGUACAAGCUAUCUUUACAAGUUACCAGUUACGUGUUGUCCUGGAUUGUUGGAAACGUCAACGGGUAACCCAUUCGUAAAUCCCACUGUCAUACAAAUGUACAAAUCAGUUAAAGAUAUUCAGUGUAUGGAGUGUAGCGAUAAAGUGAUGUUCUUCUCCUAUGGCCGCCGAGAGCCUUUUUACAAGCUUAUUCUAAGGGGGACCACAGAUGGAAGCAUUCUUCUGUGGAAAGUUGAUAAUGAAAUMUUGAAAGCCAAGUCUCCACAAGCAAAUACAACAGGAAUUCCACAGACAUUGGAAAGCAGUAUUCAAGAUUGCUGGGACUUAGUUUGUCAACCAUGUGGACUGAUUGAUUCCARGAAUCCAGACGACAAUAGUCCAGCAGUCAGUACAAGUCUCUUUUUGACAUCYCGUGGUCUAAURGUUUGUGGUCGUGAUGAUGGCUCAAUUGUAGURGUAUCYGCAGCAAAAGCCGCCAUUACACAGUUGUUUAGAACUAAAAAGACCAAACAACCUGUGUGGCCAGUUCACCGUGUUCUGGUUGGUCAUCGUGGACGUGUCACAUGUUUACUYUAUCCCCGUGARGAGGAUACACGAUUUGACAAACAUUAUUUGGUGUCAGGGGGYGUUGACUUCACUGUCAAGCUAUGGGACAUUCAAGCUGGGGAAUUGCUGAGUACUUACAUUCCUCAUGGUGGGGAGGUAUUGAGGUUGAUCUGCACUCCCCCUGAUUGUGGGACUCGUAUCCUUCACUGUGUGUGCUCUGUAGCCUCUGAUCACUCCGUCGCACUUCUGAAUUUACGAGAACGGAAGUGCGUCAUGAUUGCAUCCAUUCACACAUUUCCCGUGGAGACCAUCAAAUGGCGGGCCUUGGAUGAUUUUCUAAUUGUUGGCUGUUCUGAUGGAUCUGUGUAUGUAUGGCAGAUGGAGACUGGCCAUCUUGAUCGCCAUGUUCAUGGUCAAGUUGCCCUUGACAUUCUGUCUGCAUGUGACGAUGAAGUGAAUCGUCCAGUUUCCUCUACCACUGUCCCGUCCAAAUCCAAAGGAGGGGUCCUGGGUAAAAAGCUUAGUAAUCUUGCCUCCAAUAUCCCAACAAAUGCAGCUACUACUGCAGUUAAAAAGCUGAAAAACCGUGCAUCGGCAUUCUCCUCUAGCCCUUCAAUGGAUAAAAAGUACCAUCAAGAAGAAGACAAGGUUAUCGAUGAGGGAUUUGUACCUCUCAAAGUCCUGUCUACGAAAGCAGCGACAAGCGACGCCGAGAUCCACGUGAUGCUCUUCGACACGGAAGCUGUCAUCUGCCAUCUUAUGAAAGAAGAAAAUCCUUUUCUAGCAAAGAAAAGCAGUAACUCCAGAAAGAGUUUAUCUAACAGCAAAAAUAAAGGGAAAACACCAACCAAGACUGACCAAAARACAUCGGACMCYUCCUCAAACUUAUCCCGGGCAACGGAUGAAACCUUUGAUAUUGCCCAACUUAUGAUCUCUGCCCUUCACUCGUGGGGACUGGAUUCUAAUAUGGAUGAAGUCUGUAUAGAGCGCCUGGGACUAUUAAGACCGACCAAGCCAAUUUCUUUUGGGCUUUUAACUCGGGGUGGUAGACUCUCUUUGAUGCUGCCAGGUUGGUAUGGCGAGGAUACUGACGAUGAAGUUACUCCAUCGCAAAUUCUCCCAAGUGUACUAGCCAACGAAAUUGUUCGAAAGCGCCGAACUUCGUCGAACAUUUCCGAAGAUAAAAUCUGUUCACAUUCUCGCUGGCAGCUCUCAUCGGCCUUGACAACGUUACACCUUGUUGGACUGGUGUCGGUUGCUAARACGCUCAUGAGCAUGAAUCAGGUCAGCUUCAUCCCAUCAGAAAAACGUCUUGCUCUUCUUACCAACGCAAGCCGCGAUGUUUCCGUAUCGUCCUCUAGCUACGACGACCAGAACGAAGGAGACUCCAUACCAACAGACUCUGAAGUUCAACUAGCCAUGAACCAUCGUGCGCAUAUCAAAGCUGGGUGGAGUCAGCUGGCUGCAUUGCACUGCUGUCUCCUGGCGGAUUUAUUAGUCGUCCCUUCAUACAAGCCACCUUUACUUCAUGUCCUAGCUCGGCGAUGGCAGGAUAGAUGUCUAGAGGUGCGAGAGGCUUCACAAGCAAUUUUGCUGGCUGAGUUGAGACGAAURGGGUUUGAUUGCCGCAAGAAGAUUGUCGAGACCUGGGCCCCACAGCUUCCAAAAAAACUCGACGACCUUAGUUCUACAGCAAGUGGGGGCGAGACGUCAUCAGAUGUUAGUCACCAGGGUCCUCCCAGCCCUCAGUUGUAUGAACGACACGAUUCGGCCGAAGACGAGGUAAUUUUCCCCAGRGAUGACGUCAGUACAGUACUGUCCAGCGUCAAGAAACUACUUCAAUAUGACAUGCGCCGUCGCCAAGCAACAGCUAUUGUYUUGAUGGGUGUGAUAGGCGCGGAAUUCCAGGGGGAAGUAGAAGUGUACGAGAAACGUGGAAAACGGGCGACGGGAGGUCGUGAUAGCAACGGAACCACAGCAAACGAUGCCAUUAUGAAUUUUAACACGGUGCGUCACACUGGUAAAGCACUCAUGUACCUUCUAUUAAAACCACCAUCAUCAAGACAAAGCGCUCAUACGUCAGUCAGAAGGGCGGCAAUUGAUCUGAUUGGUCGAGGCUUUACCUUAUGGGAACCUUAUAUGGACGUCUCUUCUGUUCURRUGGCUCUUUUGGAGUUGUCCGCUGACGAUAAGUACCGUGAUCUCACAUUCCGUAAAGGGUUGCCGCUGUCRCCAGCAGCAGAUACACAUCGAUCGGCUAGGCAUUCUCUGUCGCUAAUAGCAACUGCAAGGCCGUCUGUCUUCAURGCUACUAUUGCUAAAGAGGUAGCCCGAAGUGUGUCCGUAGCCUCGUCGAUGUCAUUCAAUCAACCUGCCCCAUCAGCCAUUGCGGUGUAUAGUCAUGUUCGUCACCAGCCCUCUCAGAAUACAGAAGUACAAACAACUUCCGUACUUAACCGCUCUAAACGUGAAAUACUCAGAAUAAUUGACUUGAUGGUCGAGAAAACUCAGCAAGAAGUCGUCGACUUGCUGACUGACGUCGUGGAUGUCGUUGUUUAUUGUCUCGACCAAAAYAGCAUCAAGGAAAAAGGUCUAACAGAACUUUUCCCAGGACUUUGUAGGUUCAAUAUGGUAAGCUAUUCGCACCAAUCACGUCGUCUUGCUGUUGGAGCAAAAACUGGACAAAUAGCGCUGUAUGACCUCCGUUCRUCUAGAUGUCAGAUGGUAAGCGCRCACAAGUCUCCAGUCAUAGCGCUGUCUUUCUCACCGGAUGACAAAGUCUUGGCAUCYUACAGUUUUGGAGACUCCAAGAUCUGCUUUUGGCAGACCGGUUCUGGCCUGUUUGGUAUGUUGAGCAGCACUCUAAAGUGUGUCAAGACAUACAAAACUCCUAAACCACCGUCACAGUUGUCGCCUAGUCUGCUUAAACUAGUAAGACUCGUAUGGAUCAACCAUAAGAAUGUCAUCUUACUGAUGGCCGACGGACAGGAGUUUAAAUAUACCCUAUGAAAUGUUAAAUAAUAAUUAAUGAAUUAUAGAAAAUGUUAGCAAAUUAUAUUGAAUGAAAAUAAAGAGAUUGAGGCUUUA